AUGGCUCAAGGGAAAGGAAAGGUAGCAAUUGUGGGAAGUAACCCCCACAAUUCUGAUCUUUGCAGCGGAUUGAUAGGAUCAUGUUGGGCUACCUUGUUCGUUAGCGCAGGUUACUCAGUUUGUCUUUACGACAUUUCGGAUGCUCAGCUCGAUUCAGCCAAGAAACACAUAUUGCAUAAUCUACAAAAACUGAAGGAAUCCACAUGUGAAACAGUUGAAUUCAAAAAGAAAGUCUUCUCUGAAAUGGAUAAAUGUGCAUCUUCAGAAAUUAUACUUGCAAGCAGUACCUCGACAAUACCUGCGUCAAAGUUCACCGAAGACCUAACACAU